AUGGCGGAGGCUUCGCACGAGUCGAACGGCGCCGCCGAGGGUUUGGUGGCGGAGGCAGCAGCAGGCGCAGCAGCAGCAGCAGCAGCAGCAGCUGCUGCUGCUGCUGCCCCUGCUGCGGGGGCCCCCAACGGGGGCCCCUCUGCAGACAAGGGGCCCCCCCCCGUGGAGAUUAAACUCUUUAUUGGCAGAGUCCCUCAGGCCGUAGAAGAAGAUUCUUUAAAACCCGUUUUUGAAGAAUUCGGCGAAGUCCGAGAAGUCAUAAUUAUCCGCGACAAGGCCACUGGCAAACACAAAAACAGCGCCUUCGUCAAGAUGGCUUCGAUAGCAGCAGCAGACAACGCCAUUCGCGCGCUGCACAACAGCAGGUCUUUGGAGUCCGCGAUGGGGCCAAUGACUGUCAAGUACGCCACUGGAGAGGCCGAGCGCCUCGGACUCAAUCCCCAGGUGACUCCCCACACAGCUAGCUAG